UCAAGCUUCUCCAAAAUGCCGAGAGACUCUUGUGGCAGAGGCCAGCCAAUAUCUUUCUUCAUCACUCGCUCUACGAAUGACGUGAAGAUCCCUGAGGACUCCUUGGAGUUUCAUCCGAUAACCACGCUUUAAUAAGCGUACGCCUGCCCCCUCGCACACGAUAUUCACGUCCAAUCCCAACAUUGCACCUGCAAUAGCCUUAUCUAAGGGAUCAACAACUUGUUCCAGGUGUGCGGUGGAUAUGACUACUAUCAUUUUCUUCUCAACCUUCCUUAUCGUUCUUCCCUUUCGAAUUAAAAAUUGCAUAUCCUUCCCACUCUCUUCCCGAAGCUCCGAGCUGAACAUAUCAUGGCCUCUAGCCUCACACCAAGUACCAAUGUCUUUCGAGAUUCCAUCUUUGUGUUUAGUGAUUAACCCAACAACAGACAUAUCCUCAACACCUUCUGGUGCCAUAUUUAGUUCAUAUACGGCCCUGCAUGACUUCAAGGUACCCGGGCGUCCAGCGCGACUCUCGGAUUUGUCGGCAUGUGAACUCUGUUUAGCGAGGCCGGCAAAAUGUCUCUGUCUUAUAGAGUCGAAAUUUGUGAGACUUCAAAGAGGGGACCGCAUAUUUCGCAGGAAGUUCCGGCUAAAGGAUUCCAAGCACAACAUGCUCGUAAGACAAAUGAAGAAAGAUAAUGCGGGAAAAUACAUAUACACCCACAGGAAUAGUGAGAUAAGAAUGAUGCUGUAGAAAGUCUAUCAGCAUAUCUGCCAGGGGAGAAAUGUUUAACCGUGAAUCUACAUAACUCUCAGG